AGUGUCUUGGAUGAGCUGGAGCUAACAGCUGUUCUUUUUUUACUCCUAUUAUUGCAGUGGUCUUCUGGGGUCUCCUUUGAAUUCCCCGAUAAUGGCACCGAUGAGGUUGGUUCAGGUGAACUUGACCUUAAAGAGCCAUGCUACUGGCAAGAAAAUGCUGAUUUCAACCGGAUCUUUUUGCCAACCAUCUACUCCAUCAUCUUCCUGACGGGAAUCAUUGGCAAUGGAUUGGUUAUCGUUGUCAUGGGCUACCAGAAGAAACUGAGAAGCAUGACCGACAAGUACAGGUUGCACCUGUCAGUGGCCGACCUCCUGUUUGUCAUCACGUUGCCAUUCUGGUCUGUGGAUGCAGCCAUAGGCUGGUACUUUGGGAAGUUCCUUUGCAAGGCCAUACAUGUCAUUUACACAGUCAACCUGUACAGCAGUGUCCUGAUUUUGGCCUUUAUAAGCUUAGAUCGUUACCUGGCUAUAGUCCAUGCUACCAAUAGCCAAAGACCAAGAAAGCUGCUGGCUGAAAAAAUAGUCUAUAUAGGUGUGUGGCUUCCAGCUCUGCUUUUGACGGUGCCUGAUCUAAUCUUUGCCAAAACUAGCGAAGUAGGAGAAAAGUACCUUUGUGACCGCAUAUACCCUCAUGACAACUGGCUGAUUUCUUUCAGAUUUCAGCAUAUCUUGGUAGGACUUGUUCUGCCUGGUCUAAUAAUCCUGAUUUGCUACUGUAUUAUCAUUUCUAAGCUGUCACACUCAAAAGGUCACCAGAAGCGCAAAGCCUUGAAGACUACUGUCAUUCUCAUCCUUGCUUUCUUUGCUUGCUGGCUCCCUUACUACAUUGGCAUCAGCAUUGACACCUUCAUCUUGCUAGGGGUCUUCAGACCACGGUGCAGUUUUGAGACGAUGGUAACCAAAUGGAUCUCGAUUACAGAAGCCCUAGCAUUUUUCCACUGUUGCUUGAAUCCAAUUCUUUAUGCCUUCCUGGGUGCCAAAUUCAAAACGUCGGCACAGAAUGCUUUGACAUCAGUCAGCAGAGGAUCAAGCCUAAAAAUCCUCCCAAAAGGCAAACGUGCGGGACAUUCUUCUGUUUCUACAGAAUCGGAGUCUUCGAGUUUCCAUUCCAGCUAACGCUGUCUCCUUGCCAACAUUUUACAAUAAAGAACAAUUUUUCAAAAGAAGUUCCACAAGAUUUCUGAAAAAACAAGACUGACUAUAAUGUACAGAUUUAUAUACAGCUGGAGUUUUAUAUUGUUUCUUUUAGCUUCUGUGAAUUUAAUUGACUUAUUUAUAUAAACGCUUCCAUAUUGAUGACAAAGUGUCUAGGCAGGACCUGUGGACAAGUGGUUAGUUCACAAAGUUUCAGUGCUUUUUCUGGUUGUAUAGGUAUGUGAACUAAACACUUCUAGGAGCGUAGUGAGUGACUGUUUAAAAUAUGUAAAAAUGUUUGAUUGUUUGUAUGUACAUAUUUUUGAGUUUUUGCUGUUUAAAAAUUCCUAAACUUGUGAUUGAUAUUCCAGAAUUUCUCCCUUUACUGUAAGUUGUUUGGUUUACAAUAGUUUAAUUCUGCUAUAGACAAUGGCACUUAUAACCAAAGCCUUCUUUGUCAUGUGCUAGAUAUUUUUUUUCAGUUCUCCAUAUUGGUUUGGUUUGCACAACUCUGUUGUGUAAGGUUGUUAAUAAAAACAUAUGAUUCAAACAAAA